CGCACCCGGGUUGCAUACAGUGCGCGCGCGCGCGUCCUGCUGCACUCAGCUGUUUCAUUCUGUCUUUUUAUUCAAAUGUAAACUUUCAGAGAUGUAAAGAAAGACAUGCCACGUGCCAGUGUGUCUUGUUUGCAUAAAGAAACUUGCAGUCUGCUCUCCAUUGCUCCAAUGAUCAUCUACUGUGAACCCUGAUCGUGUGAACACUGCAGGCUGGGAAACGAUGUCACUCCCACAGGAGGUACUGGUGAACUUUCAAUACGAAUACACAACGCGGGACGGCAGGAAUGUGUCCAUCAAGCCCAACGAACGCUAUGUACUGGUGGCGAGAACCAAUGACCACUGGUGGCAUGUGCGCAAAGAUGAAGCAACCAAGCCUUUCUUUAUUCCAGCCCAAUACGUCACAGUGUUGCCCUCUGAAAAUAAAACUUCACAAUGUUCAAGUGAGCAAGAAGGGCAGGACACUCCUGAGCCAUAUUCUGACAUACUGCCCCCUGUCUAUUUGGACACAAGCAUUGAAGACGAAAAAUCCAUCGACACAGCUAAUGAAAAGGAUGAACAGUUUGUCUUUGAGCUUGAUAUUAGUCAAGAUGUUUUAACCAACACUUUUCCUCUAGUUGAAGGGGAAAGUUCAUACGCCGUCUCCCAAUCCCAUAUCCCCACUACUGACUUGCAAAGUACAGUAACAGAGCCCAGUGAAAAUCCUUAUAACGACCUCAACGAUGAUAUUAAAAUGCUCAUACGGGCAGGCUGGGACCCGAAAAUUUGGGAUUUCAAGGAGCAGAAUAUGUAUACGUCUGUAGAUCCAGUAAAGGAUUUGACGCCUCAGGGUUCUAAAGACAAUAAAGAGGACAUAGAAAUGCCAACGGUCUCUCCAGUUACUCCUUCAUCUACGUCCGCUUCAUUUUCUUCACAGCAAAGUCCUGUUUCUCCCACCAACAUGCCAUGUGUAUUCACAGACAAGGUUAAAGAUGACGAUCUGACAGCAGUUUAUGUAAACCUGCCCAGGUCACGCCAGAAGAGCGUCAGCAGCUUUCUCUCCCCUUCUGCUUGGGGAAUAUCAGAACCUGCUGAACUCCAAGACACGCUAGGCUCCGAGGGAUGGGAGACCCACACUGACGAGGAGAGCGGAAAAGAGUACUACUAUCAUCCCAGCACAGGCCGUAGCACCUGGGAUUACCCGCUCAGCCCGUCAAUGGAUUCUGAGGUGGGGACCAACGAGUUUCCCCUCUCCCCCGUUCCCUCCCUGUCUCCAGCCUGUUCACCCACAGAUGAAACAAAAUGGACCUCUGACUGGGAGAAGGUGCUUGAUGAGAAGAGUGGCCGACACUACUUUUUUAACCCAGUCUCUGGACAAAGUUCUUGGGACCCACCAGAUGACCUACUGACUCCUCCUUUAUCAGGCAACAGUCUGCAGGAAGGAGCACCGCCUCCCCUCCCUGAGGAAGAUUACCCUGCUGAUGAAGAUACUCCAUCACCUCCGGGGAAGGGAGAUUCUUACUCCUUUGCCGGUUCUUCGGAAUACUCAUUGGCCCACGUGAAAAAAGCUGUCAUUCCCAGGGCAUGUCUAGACCGCAGUGCUCCUGCAGGCUGGACGUUGAGCGUCGACUCUGAUGGAGUCUGGAUCUUCACUAAUGAUCAUACACAGGAGCAGUGGAUCAAGUCACUAGAUGAUCGGGGACAGACGUACUACUACCAGAAAGAUGGCUCCAAGUCUGAGUGGAACUUACCCGAUCUUUCUGCCAGUUUGAGACAGUGCCAAGUGGGAAAUGGUGGGAGCUGGAGGAAUAGCACAGGAUCUCAAGAUGAGAAACUUCCCUUUGUUCAUCGCAGGAACGCUUCAGACAGCGAUAUGUCUGGCUCUGUAGAAAUGCUGCACAAUGUGUCAAAUUUGGAGAAAGCUGGAAUCCUAAACAAGACCAAGAUAUCUGAGAAUGGGAAAAAAGUACGAAAAAAUUGGACUUUGUCAUGGACUGUUCUUCAUGGAGGGGUUUUAACAUUCCACAAGGACCCAAAGUCCACCCCAUCAGGAACAUCGAGACAGACCAAUCACAUAGUUACAGAAUUCACUGUGGAUCUGAAAGGAGCAACAAUUGGAUGGGCCGCCAAGGAAAAGUCUAGCAAAAAAAAUGUGAUGGAGCUAAAAACUCGGGCUGGAACAGAAUUUCUGAUUCAGUACGACACGGAAAGCAUCAUCACUGACUGGCAUAAAGUAAUAACCGACACCAUACGGCAACUCGACGUGGAGCAGCACCACUCAGAAGAUGACGAGGAAGCCAGCGAAAAGUCCUCCAGCACAGAAAAGGAAGACAAAUCGAAUGUAGACAAAAGGAGGAUGAGCAAUGGUAAUAUAGUAGGUAGGCAGCUAUCCUCUAGUUCCACGGCGGAUUCAGACCCGAAGAAGGUCCGCAACAAGCUCCGCAAGUUUCUUCUUAAGAGGCCUACUUUGCAAUCAGUCAAGGAAAAAGGCUAUAUUAGAGAAAACGUGUUUGGCUGUCACCUGCAAAACCUCUGUGACCAAGAGAGGACUACAGUGCCUAGCUUUGUAAUGAAGUGCAUCAGGAAUGUAGAGAAAAGAGGUUUGGGGGUUGAUGGGAUCUACAGAGUUAGUGGGAACUUGGCUGUAAUCCAGAAGCUACGUUUCAAAGCUGAUCAUGAGGAUCUGGAUCUGGACGAGGGCCAUUGGGACAUCCAUGUCAUUAGUGGAGCUUUGAAACUCUUUUUCAGGGAACUACAAGAGCCCCUGUUUCCUUACAGUCACUUUAAUAGCUUUGUCCAGGGCAUAAAAAUUCCAGACUACAACAGCAGAGUGACCUAUAUACGUGAUCUGGUGAAAUCUUUACCAUCAUACAAUCGUGACACAAUGGAGGCACUCUUUAGCCAUUUAAGGAAAGUUAUCGAGCAUGGAGAUGAAAACAGGAUGACUUUACAAAAUGUCGCCAUUGUCUUUGGCCCAACGUUGCUCAAGCCUGAAAUGGAGUCAGCAAAUAUAACUGCGUACAUGGUCUUCCAGAACCAGAUCAUCGAGUUCAUCCUCAGUGAAUUUGAAACAAUCUUCCAUACGUAAAAACCCUAAAACACAAAAUAAUAAUAAUAAUAUUAAUAAAAGACUAUGCCAGUGGUAGUUCCAUGAUCAUCACAGAUUAUGUGAAAAAAUAAGAAAUAAAAGAAAAAAUUUAUAAGGAUCAGCUGUCAUUAUACAUUUUCUUGCUGUGAGACAUGUUAGUAUUUUGGGCAUAGUAUUUAUUUAACCUAUUAAGUGCACUAGAUCAUAUUAGCCCUAAAUGCACAUUUAUUCAUAAUAAACUUAAAAAAGAAUCUAUACAAUACCCUACUGUAAAAGAAAACUGUAAUUUGUUUUAAUUAAAUACCGCUGUUUUAAUAUAAUGUGAAAUGUUUGAAAAUAUGCAAACCAUAAAUGUGCAAAAUGUUUUUUAAUAUUAGAAUUAUUUAUUACUGAAGUUCAGGCAGCUGUUCUCAGACAUAAUUAAUCCUGUGAGUACUGCAUAGGCAUAGUCUUAUGUAAUUCUGGUAAUGACCACUUACUGUACCUCAAACCGUGAAUUUCUUUUUUUUUUCCUCAAAUGUAAAAUUGUGUUGUGAAUAUAACAGCUUGAGUGUUAUAUUUAGCCUUAAUAUGGAUAAAUCCCUUGUUCUGAACUAGAUUCAAGCUAGUUAACUCUGUUCAGUAAUCCUACAAAUAGUUUGACCUAUUACUUUACAAUUAUAUUACGUGAAAAUAGCAUUUUAGCUGAGGAUUUUUUUUUUAUUGAUACUGCCAUCUUUACUUAUCUAAAAUAUAUUAGCAUAAAUGGGUGACAGUAGAUUACUUGUACAGUCUUUAGAGUUAAAAAAGUUCUAUAUAUAUUUAUUAGUACAAUAGUAAAUCUUUACUCUGUAAAAUUGGUUUGCACAUAGACAGAGUUUUAUCCAGAAUUAAAGAAAGAACAUAGUUGUAAAGGUUUGUAAAGCAUUAAUUUUUUUAUAUAAAAUAAGUAUGUUUGUGUUUUGAUCAUGUACAUAAAAACGGCAUAUUUAUGCUACACAUUGCUUAUAAAAAAAAGUUUAAUAAAGUAACUGUUU